CGGUGCCCUGCUCCUACCAGAAGGGCAUGGGGCCCCCGCGUGUUCCCGGGAGGACAGUGCUUUUCCAGCGGGAGAGGACAGGUCUGACCUACCGUGUGCCUGCGCUGCUCUGUGUGCCUCCCAGGCCUACCCUGCUGGCCUUCGCGGAGCAGCGACUCAGUCCGGAUGAUUCCCAUGCCCACCGCCUGGUGCUGCGGAGGGGCACACUGGCCAGGGGUUCAGUGCAGUGGGGCGCCCUGAGUGUUCUGGAGACCGCGGUACUGGAGGAGCACAGGUCUAUGAACCCAUGCCCAGUGCUGGAUGAGCACUCGGGUACCAUCUUCCUCUUCUUCAUCGCGGUGCUGGGCCACACACCGGAGGCCGUGCAAAUCGCCACGGGCAAGAAUGCUGCUCGCCUCUGUUGUGUGACCAGCUGUGACGCCGGCCUUACCUGGGGCAGUGUGCGAGAUCUCACUGAGGAGGCCAUAGGCACCGCCCUGCAGGACUGGGCCACCUUUGCUGUGGGUCCAGGCCAUGGAGUUCAGCUGCGCUCAGGUCGCCUGCUGGUUCCCGCUUACACCUAUCACGUGGACCGUCGGGAGUGUUUUGGCAGGAUCUGCUGGACCAGUCCCCAUUCCUUGGCUUUCUACAGUGAUGACCAUGGAAUCUCCUGGCAUUGUGGAGGUCUAGUGGCCAACCUGCGCUCUGGAGAGUGCCAACUGGCUGCAGUGGAUGGAGACUUCCUCUACUGUAAUGCCCGGAGCCCUCUGGGUAACCGUGUGCAGGCGCUGAGUGCGGAUGAGGGCACUUCCUUCCUGCCAGGGGAGCUGGUGCCUACAUUGGCGGAGACUGCCCGAGGCUGCCAGGGUAGCAUUGUGGGCUUCCCAGCGCCACCCUCCUGCCGACCUCAGGAAGACAGGUGGCCAAUGAAUCUUGGGAAUACUCCACAUUCCCCAUGUUUCUAUCUCAGAGUACCGGAAUCUUUGGGGGAAGGUGCUGGAGGUCCUGUUGAAGGUUGGGUGCCCAGGGGGCCAUUCUGCUACCCACAGUCCUGGGACCCAGAGAAACGUGGCUUAGAGCCUGGGCCACAUGGAGAUAAGACAGCCUGGACCCCAGGACUCCCUAUGUCCUCUGCUUCCACUCUUCAGAGUCCCACAUGGCUGCUGUAUUCCCACCCGGCAGGGCGUAGAGCUCGGCUCCACAUGGGAAUCUACCUGAGCCGGUCCCCCUUGGACCCCCACAGCUGGACAGAGCCGUGGGUGAUCUAUGAGGGUCCCAGUGGCUACUCUGACCUAGCAUUCCUUGGGCCUGUGGCUGGGGUAUCCCCGGCCUUUGCCUGUCUGUUUGAGAGUGGGACCAGGGCUUCCUAUGAAGACAUCUCUUUUUGCUUGUUCUCACUGGGUGAUGUCUUGGAAAAUGUACCCACUGGCUCAGAGAUACCCAGGCUCAGGGCUAAGCCCCAGGGACAUUGCUGGCCCUCUUGAUGGCCUGGCUCUCUGGCAGGCACCUGGGGAGGAAGGGUAGAAUACAUAGAGGAGGCUAGGGUCAAGCCAGCAGAACCCUAGGGUGGACAGAACCCUGUCCCCUCCUCACUGCUGGUGGAGGGUGGCUCACCAGGGGCCUGGCUGCUUUCUGAGUGUGGAUGAGAAAUAAAAGGGAUUGUGCUGUGUCUGUUUCCUUCCACAUCAAAGCCUUGGGUCCCAGCACUCCAGCCCACCGCUCUGACUGCCAUGCAUGUCUCUCACCCGUCAUGCUCAGCUCUCACAUCCCAAGGGUCCCUGGCAGGGAUAAAGGCAGUGGGAACA